AUGGUUGAAAAAGAUACUUUGAACAUCAUCGAACUAACCCAAACAUCAACUCGAGGUGAAAAAAAAUGGGCAAUUGAAAAUUUAAAAUGUGGAGAUGGGUGCACUGCUCAAUUAACAGGCAAGAUAGAACAAUUACAAGUAGAUGCACAACGGAUUUGUGGUCCACCACCAAGUAUCCCAAAUAUCAAUACUCAGCCCGCUGAUCAAGAAUAUCUACCAGGUUAUCUUAUGUUGUAUGACUGCCUUCCUGACUCCUAUCAGAACUCGUCUAUUGUCUGCUUAAAAGAUGGAUCAUGGAACACAUCGGCUCAAACCAUCAGUGCCACAUAUCGUUUAAGAGAGAAUUACGAAUGCAUUAUAAUAAUGUAA